AUGCGCUUACAUUUAAUUUUAGCCCUAUUUCUGGCCUUCAGCUUUGCCCAAGCUAUAGCCAUCAAGAAACGUGAAGCUCUGGACAAGUUCCUGGCUAUUGACAUGGUCGAGAGCAAAGUUGAUGCAGUUGUGGCACUCGCAAAGCAGUUACAGACAAGUCCGUUCAUCAAUCCCGUCAAGUUCAUAACGACCUAUCGCAAUCUUCAAGACGCGAUAUCCAAUUCCACUGACCUCUGCAUGAGCCAUCCAGAUCCCUUCACAGAAAUGCAAGCGGAAAAUUUGAUAUCAAGGACAAUGGUCAUAGCGACAAAGUUGGAAGGAGUUUUGGUCAUAUGCGAGCGAUUGGCAAGCAGAAUUGGGAUUUUUAGUCCUACAACGGUAUUUCGUGUACUUCUCAAUCAAAUGAAAACACUUUUAAUGAAGGCAGCUAGCUGCUAUAGUUCACAUGUGCCACCAGAAUAUAGCGCGAAAAUCGUAGCCCUUUUGAAGGCCAUUAACCAAAUUUUGGAUGAGAGUUUAGCGAAAGCAAAAUAG